UCAAUUCUGAGCUCGGAUCCCAUCACUCGCAGCGAUGGCAGAGGGUACGAUUAUGGUGCUGAAGGUUGAUCUAGGGUGCAAACGCUGCUACAGGAAGAUCAAGAAACUGCUCUGUAAAUUUCCUGAAAUACGAGAUCAGACUUUCGAUGAGAAGGAAGACACCGUGAUAAUCAAAGUAGUAUGCUGCUGCCCUGAGAAAAUCAGAACGAAGCUUAUCUGCAAAGGUGGCGAUUCCAUCAAGGGUAUCGAGGUUAGAACACCCGUGAAUCCAAAACUUCCACCUGACAAGCCAAAAAAGACUGACGAGAAGCAAAAACCUGCAAAAGACAAGCCAAAGAAGACUGAUGAGGAGCCUAAGCAUGAGAAAAAGAAACAGGAACGGGCACCGGUGCCAACUCCAGUACCAGAAUAUCCAACUGGAGUGUGCUGUAAGUCAUGCUAUGAGGGACGUCAUGGUGGCCCCUGCCACCAUGGAUAUGGAAUUCCGCACCAACCACCAUCUUAUGAUGGAUAUAUAAGGCUAGUGCCAUCCUAUGAUGGCUGGGCUUCUGGGUGUCGCUGUGACAGAAGCUAUGGUUGCCGCUGUGAAUUCGUUAUUGAAGAAAAUCCCACAUGCACCAUCCUGUGAAUCAUACUCCAUCGUGAUUGUCGUUGUCUGGUGUUUUUAAUUCCUUUUCUCAGUUGGGUGUUGAGUAGGUGAUCGGUUCUUUUGGGUUCUUUUCUCUUCCACAACAUCACUGUAUAGGCCAAUAAUGUUUGUGGACUAAUAAAAACAGAAAAGAAAAUUUUCACUUUGUAU